CGUCCUCCCAUCGUCAUAAAUAGAGCCGGAAGCGGAACGUCAACACCUAGAAAUCAACCAGUGGACAUAUGCAGACACAGCACAGGGUUGUGGUGUGGACGUGAAAUGCCAAGGGGAUACGGUGUCUGCCCAGAGCCUACUAACCAAUAGCCUCUUCACACGGAUAAAGACAUCAACAAACGAAGGAUGUGCCCCAAUGCUGACGAUUUAUCCCCAAAGUCUCUAUGACCAAACUUCAAAUUGGUCUGCAACUUGGAUGUAGGUCUACCUACCUAAGCUCAUUUACAACACUUCUCAACCAACCAGCCCUAACCAAAUAAACUCUGCACCUCUGAAACCCAAGAUGGCUUCUAGACAAAGUGCCCUAACUGCUGCCGUGGUUACCCUGUUGGGAGCCACCUUGGGUGGCCUGUUGCUAUGGCGACAGAGAGCCAUAAGGACAAAGAAGCAACAGCUUUCUGCUCUGGGUCUGAAGGGUCAGGUAAGGGUCAGCUCUUGUCCCUUACCUGUGGAACCAGAGCCUGUGGUUCUGGACUGUAAGAACCCAGUGGAGUCCCAAAUCCAGUCUAAGCAGACCCAGCUAUCCCCGGGUCAGAGUCUGGUCCUCCCCCUGCCUGCUGUGCUACCCCCUGUUGACCAGGCCCUGGCGGUGCAGCCGGUGAUGGUAAGCUCUGAGAAGGAGUGGGAGCAGCUGUGGCCCAUGCUGCAGAAGGAUCUGUCAGUCUAUCCUGUCCUCGGCCUGGACUGUGAAUGGGUAAAGAGUCAAACUAAUACCCUGGGUGUGUCAGUGAAGGAUAAGACUUCAACGGUCUCUUUACUCCAGAUGGCUUCCUACUCUGGUCUGUGUGUGUUGGUGAGGCUGCAGCCGUUCCGUGCUGGCCUGCAGGACUUGCCACUUACCCUGAAAGAGGUCCUCAGCGACCCUCACAUCCUGAAGGUGGGUGUGGGCUGCUAUGAGGACGGGAAGCGUCUGACACGAGACUAUGGCCUGGCGCUGGGAUGUACUGUGGACUUAAGAUACCUUGCACUACGACAAAGGAAGGUAGUGUUGAAUAACGGUCUGAGUCUGAAGUCUCUGGCAGCUGACCUGCUCAACGUCUCUCUGGAGAAAUCCUUGGAGCUGCGCUGUAGUGACUGGGAGGCUGACCCGCUGACCCUACAACAGAUGACCUACGCAGCCCGAGACGCACAGGUAUCCAUCGCCCUCUUCUUCCGCCUGCUCGGACUCCACUCAGAUUCCACGCCCUCACUUGACACUGGGAGUGGCUACUCCCAGCUGGCCAAUUGCUGCCAGGGCGUGGUGGACACACCCUUCAGGGGGUGGGGUGGAAGAGAGUGUGAGGAUGGAGGGAAAAGCGUGGAUCGAGAGAGGAGGCGGCGGAGUAGGAAGCUCCAGCAGUCUGUUUUUGAAAGCCCAGAGUCUGGGGACCAGCAAGUUCCAGACCCCAGGAAGAACAACAAGAGAAAAUCGCUCGGGGUGGGCUACUCUGCCAGGAAGUCCCCUCUCUAUGACAACUGUUUCCUCCAUGCCCCGGAUGGACAACCCCUCUGUACCUGCGACAAGAAGAAGGCCAAGUGGUACCUGGAUAAAGGAAUAGGAGUGCUGCAGAGUGAGGAUCCAUUCAUUGUGCGUCUGCUGUUUGAGCCUUCGGGACGUCCAGACUCCCAGCAGGACUACUACCUGACUGCCAAGGAGAACCUGUGUGUGGUGUGUGGCAAGAACGACUCUUAUAUCAGGAAGAACAUCGUCCCCCAUGAGUACAGACGUCACUUUCCCACGGAGAUGAAAGACCACAAUUCCCAUGACAUCUUGCUGCUGUGCACUUCCUGUCACGCGGCCUCCAAUGUCCACGAUGGCUUCCUGAAGCAGCAGCUGGCUGAUGAACACGCUGCCCCCCAGGGCUGUGAGGAGGGCGUGCGGCUCCUGGAGGACUCUGACCGCAGGAGGGUUCGUUCUGCAGCCCGUGCCCUCCUGACUGCGGGGGAGGGGCUCCCUGGGCCCCGGAGAGACGAGCUACAGGAAGUCAUCAGGAGUUUCUUCAACGACCUCGACGGGGAGCUGACGACAGACACCCUGCAGAGUGCUGCUGGCCUGGAGACACGGAUCUUCAAUGAGAGCUACGUUCCCCACGGGCUGAAGGUGGUGCAGGCGCAUGCCAAGCAGGGUCUGAAGGGGUUAAUGGGCCUAGAACGCCACUGGAGGCAGCACUUCCUGUCUACCAUGACGCCGCGCUACCUCCCUCCUCUGUGGUCCGUCAACCACAAUCACAGCAAGUUCCUACGCAAAUACGGCGAGGAUCUCCCCAUCCAACUCAACUGAACUACAGUCUACGUUUUUAACCUGAAAAGGGCCAGGCAGUUUGGCAUGACAAGGAGUCUAAGGAAAUGGAUUGGUAGCCAGGCUCCAUAUCUCUCUCUCUAUUUAUCCAUCAGCUUCUCUCUUCUCUGGUUCACCGUAUUGUCAGUAGUUAAAACAGAAGCUACAUUAUCCACACUGGAGCCCAGAGAGCUGACUGACCGACCUACGGUGUCUGGUGGUAGUCUCACCUCCGCCUGGGACGAGGCAGUCUGUCACCCUGUUCCUAUAUGGUGACAUACAUGUUGAGUCAGACCUAUAGACUCAUGGACCUCGCUUGAACUCAAAACGUCCCCUACAGGCCCUCCGAUGAACUAGAGCCAGAGACUAGCAGAGACCAUUGGCUGAAAUGGUUCCCCUAUUCUUUAUAAAGGGCAGUACUUUAGACCUGGGCCGACAGGGGUGCACCAUGUAGUGUCUAGAGCCAUUUCAGAUAGCUGGAGCCUGAGGAGAUGGACAGGCUGCCUUGGUUCUGACAGAGGUACGGCCUAGCUGGAGCCCGAGGAGAUGGACAGGCUGCCUUGGUUCUGACAGAGGUACGGCCUAGCUGGAGCCCGAGGAGAUGGACAGACUGCCUUGGUUCUGACAGAGGUACGGCCUAGCUGGAGCCCGAGGAGAUGGACAGACUGCCUUGGUUCUGACAGGAAAAGGAAGUCUAUCAAGAACACCAUCCAUGCUGCAGGAUUCAUAAUGAAAUUAUAUUGCAUAUGGACACUUUUUAACCAACACUGUGGUUUGGUUUCCCAGACAGAUUGACUAGUCCUGGUCUUAAAGAUCCAUUUAAAUGGAGAUUCUCUCCAGGACUAGAUUUAAUCUGGGGCCAGUAAACCAGCCCUAUGUAUAUCAAUAUAUAAAAAUGUGAUUUUCACCAAUUUCAGAAAAUCCUGUAUUUUAAGACUACGCUGAAACCUGCUCUUAAUUCUCAUGAAAUAUAAAUUAUAAUUUUCCCCUGCAGGUUUUCAGCCCUAAUGAUAAUUCCUAUGUGUUUGUGUGUGCGGAAGUCAACGGUUUGCUUUGCAAAGGUGACUUUAAUUCAACGACACGAUUUGAUGUUCCCAUUUGUUGUUCAUCUUCAACAGAUCAGACAUUAUGAUAUGACCACCAGCCAUUGGAUGCGUCACAAAUUACAUUACUUUUGAACGGGGACCCACAAGGCAGUGCGUUUUUUUUUUUUUAUAGUGAUUUAAGGUUCCAUUUCACUCUCAGGUUCAGUAGGACAAUGUAGAACGGUUGGCUUGGCGACGUGACAUCACUUCCUCCCGUACUGUCUGGCUGCAUCCCAAAUUGCACCCUAUUCUCUACAUGGUGCACUACUUUAUGUUGGUCGUGGAUGUGUUCUCUCGCUCUCUCUCUAAUCAGGACACCUCGUGUCACAUGUUUUAGUGUGACUCUUCCCCUUAUUAGAAGAGACUAAAAUCAGGACACAUCUUUCUUCCUCUACAACAGUUCCAGUCCAACCUCCUUUCCCCCCUCCUAAUCAUUUCAGAUUGAGAUAAGGACCAGUCUGUAUGUAUUGGUAGCCUGAGAGUGACUAGCUUCAUUGGUUAGUAAAGAAUGAUGGCCUUCUUGUACAGCGCUGCUAACCUGUUGACGCGUACAGCGCUGCUAACCUGUUGACGCGUACAGCGCUGCUAACCUGUUGACGCGUACAGCGCUGCUAACCUGCUGACGCGCACGGCGCGGCUAACCUGCUGACGCGCACGGCGCGGCUAACCUGCUGACGCGCACGGCGCGGCUAACCUGCUGACGCGCACGGCGCGGCUAACCUGUUGACGCGCACGGCGCGGCUAACCUGUUGACGCGCACGGCGCGGCUAACCUGCUGACGCGCACGGCGCUGCUAACCUGCUGACGCGUACAGCGCUGCUAACCUGCUGACGCGCACGGCGCGGCUAACCUGCUGACGCGCACGGCGCGCCUAACCUGUUUGCAAAGCAGAGAUUUUCAUGUUCCUGAGCAUGACGACAAUUGUGUUUUUGUUUAAAUUGAGAAGUUGUUUUGCUUAAAAGAAACCAGCAGCUUUUAUUUACGUUUCUCCAGAUGUAACCCCCAUAGAAGCUGUUCUGUUUCCCUAAUAUUGUAAAAUAAAAGAUCAGAUUUGUCUACUUGUGAGGCUGGUUUUGAUUAUUCAGAGUGGGAUGGAUUGGAGUGUUGUCAUGGACAAUUCUUUAAGUGGGGGACUUUUGUUAUUUUCUUCAAACAAUGAAUCUUUUAUUGAUUUUUAAGAAUUGCAAUAAUGAAGGUGAUCAACGACCAUCCAUUGUUGAUCGUUUGAUAACCUUACAGAAGGAAACCGUGGGUCUUUCUUAUUUAUUUAUAUAGCUGACACUAAAAAUGCUUAGUCAUGGCUGAUUCCACCCCACCCCUGCAGCUCGGGGCAUCACAAGCCAUCUUGGGUUCAUCUUGUGAGUUUUGUUGUGUUUCUCAGACGCCAAGAUGAUUUAGAAACAACGAGGGGUUUGUGUGUUUUACUCCUCCAGGCCAUCUCUAGCUCGGGUCCCCAAACACCAACUCAUUCUAUGGAAUGCAGGUUGUAGGUUUAAUCACCAAGCCAUCACAAAUCAAUUUCUUAGUGUCAAGCCCCAGAGGCCCAACUCACUCACACAGAUGAGAGUACUGAGAAACCUAAUUCGAUGCAGUAAAACAGUAUUGUAACAUCAUCUUGUAAUUAUUUUCUACCAUCGUGUUCAUGCAUCUCUGGCUAAUCUUUAUCACCUCUUGUUCUGUCUGCAUGUUUUAUAUCAAGAAUGAGAUGGGCGGGGGGGCGGCGGCAUCAGUUCAGUUGAACAAGAGAAACACAAAAUAAACACUGUUUUUAAAUACAAAAUCAUUUUAAUAGUCUGUAAAAAUGUUGUACAAAAGCGUAGUCCUUUUACAUUUUGUAAAUGAACGAAUCGCUUCUCAUGUCGUUCAUCUCCCAGGAGUCUUUAGUUGGAUGUUGUCAGUAUUUAAUGAAGUUUAUACAAUCCACUGUUGUGGUGUUAAGGCCUCUUGAUAUUGCCAUUAAAAACAUUCUGUUAGUCAAA